CCGCUGUCGCAUCCGACGACGACCGCGAACGGACAGCGGCCGCACCGGAUCGGACCGAAACGCGCACCGCUGGUGUCCCGGACCCGAUGAACCGGACCGAGUGCCAGACGCUGCGCGACUCGUUGGUGUGGAAGGACGCGCAGGUGCUGGGUGCCCUGGCCGGCCUGUCGUUCAUCGCUCUGAUCGUCACCGUCGGCAACACGCUGGUCGUGGCCGCCGUGUUCAACAGCUCCAAGCUGCGCUCGCCCACCAACACGUUCAUUGUGUCGCUGGCUGUCUCCGACCUGAUGGUCGGCGUGGCCGUGCUGCCGUUCAGCGCCACCUGGGAGGUGUUCAAGGUGUGGCUGUUCGGCGAUUACCUAUGCUCCGUGUGGUUAGCCGUAGACGUGUGGAUGUGCACGGCCAGCAUCCUGAACCUGUGCGCCAUAUCGCUGGACCGGUACCUGGCGGUGACGCGGCCGGUGCAGUACCCGAGCCUGAUGACCAGUUUCCGGGCCAAGGUGCUGGUGGUGAUCGUGUGGGUGCUGAGCUUCGUCAUAUGCCUGCCGCCGUUGGUCGGCUGGCGGGACACGCACAUCCCGACGGAGGCGUCCACCGUGCUGAUCCGGAACCAGCUGUACCGGAACGAGACGAGCCGGCCGCAGCACGAGACGCUGCCGCCGUGCCCGUGGAUAUGCGAGCUGCCCAACAACAAAUGGUACGUGGUGUACUCCGCGCUGGGCUCCUUUUACAUUCCGAUGUUUGUCAUGCUGUUCUUCUACUGGCGCAUCUACAAGGCGGCCGUGCACACGACGCGCGCCAUCAACCAGGGCUUCCGAACAAUGCGCAGCCGCCGCACGUUCGGCAACCGGUUCGAUGAGCAGCGGCUCACGUUGCGCAUACACCGCGGCCGUGGCUCGUCUCUCAAGCAGCCCCCCGCGGCCGUGGCCGUGCCCGUUAACGGGUCGUCGUCGCCGGACGUGAACAGGCCGUCCAACAGCCGGCGGCCGUCGGUGCGGCGCAGCAACCACGAACGGAUCAAGAUCAGCGUCAGCUACCCAAGCUCGGACUGCAUAAGCGCCACCACGACCGCGACCAACGAAAAGCCCACGACCACGGACGCCGCGGCGGCCACCGCGGCUGCGGCGGCGGUGGUAGCGGCGGCUGCGGCGGCUGCGGCUGCUGCGGCUGCGGCGGCGACCGCGGACGCGAACGGCAACUCGCCGCCCGAAACGCUCAGCCAAAAGUCGCGCAGUUCGUUCUCGUCCACCACGUCGCCGACCAGCUCGAGCCCCCUGUACGCCGUCCACUACACCGCGACCGAAACGUAUCAGCACCAGCGAGCCACGGUGCGCGCCGUCACCGACCCGUCGUCGUGCCAGUUGCGCGUGUCCGGCGGUGGCGGAAGUCGGAAGGAACACCGCCGGUGUAGCGCUGGUGACACGGCGUCACCGCACUCGCGACUGCUGCUCACGUCGUCGUCCACGGGCGACCAUCAUCUGCACCACCACCACCACCAGCAGCAGCACAACCACCAGAACAAUCAUCAUCUGCUGGGCGGCCGGCCCGCUUCCGCUUCGGCCACGUGCAAGGAACAACUGUCGCCGUCGCCGUCGUACGACGGAUCCACCGGCAACACGGACGGUGGUGGCCACCACACGCCCGUCGGUGCAGCGAGCGGCUCGUCCUCGGCGUUGGUAGCCAACAGCAAGUCCAAGUUCACGUCGAAAAUGAUGGGCGGCGGCAAGCGGAACAUCAAGGCGCAGGUGAAGCGGUUCCGGAUGGAGACCAAGGCGGCCAAGACGCUGGGCAUCAUCGUGGGCGGGUUCAUCGUGUGCUGGCUACCGUUCUUCACCAUGUACCUGGUCCGGGCGUUCUGCCCUACGUGUAUACAGCCCACGCUUUUCUCCGUCAUGUUCUGGCUGGGCUACUGCAACAGCGCCAUCAACCCGAUGAUCUAUGCGCUUUUCAGCAAGGACUUCCGGUUCGCGUUCAAGCGCAUCAUAUGCCGAUGGUGCUGCUGGGGCUCGGCCGGUGACUCGGCCGCCGGCAUGGGCGGCGGCGGCGGUGGCCUAACCGUGGCCGACUACGGCCGUCGCAAAGGGUCGGACGGCUCGCAGCUGGGCGCCAGCAGCCAGUGCCCGUCGCCGCGCAACCGGUACGGCUGCAUAAUGUUGGCCGGUGGCGACUCGGGCACUGGUGCCGCGGGCUCUGAUGAGUGCAGUACGCGCAGCUUGCGACUUCUCCAGUACUCGAACAGCGAGCCGCUCGACGAACCGUGUUCGGACGACAGGUGAUGGCCGAAGACGCGCAACCAUUGCGGAUCACCGCCUCGACACAAGGGCCGACUGCCGUUCUUCGUUUUCGCGUGUCUUUAUCAUUAUUUGUUUUUAUCUAUCAUUGUUUAAUCAUUGGCGUAUAUCAUAAUUAUUAUUAUAAAUAUUAUUAUUAAUAUAACAUGUUAUAUUAUUAUACGACGCGACGUGUAUCGAUGAUGUCGCUUCCGUUGUCCGUUGAUUGUAAAUCAUUAUAAUAUUAUACACUCGUACUGUACAUUGACAUAUAUUAAUAAUCAUCGUGUUUACGCAAACACAAAUGUUUAAUACUUUACGAUUUAUGAUAACGUACACGAACGUUCGUGUAUUUUCUAGUCUGGUUUUCAACAACUUAAGAUAAAUAUUGCUAACUCGCACAGAAUACACACACACUCACUUGCGCGCGAGCAUUUACCUUACGGCUUAUUAUUUCCCGUGUCCAGUCGUUCGAUAUUAAAAUAUAAUAAUAAUAACAAAAAGCAGCAAAAUCACACGACAUCGAUAUUCUCUCCGUCCUAAACAUAAAAUUAUACAAAUGCGAUAGUAUUUAAUAGUAUAAUGCUAAAUAGUGAUAUGUGAUGUCUCAAACAGAUGUUAUUUAACGAACUACGAUAUUAUUCGUCUCUUCUGGUUUGAUAUCCGAGUAAAGAUAUCAGUUAUAUUUUUGGCGUUAUGUAUUCGGUUUUGAGAACAGGUAACGAUCGUGGUUGUUUUGCAUAUAAUAACCAUGCUUACAUAUCAUGUUACAGAUACAUAAGCAAUGACUCCGGUAUCGUGUGACAAAAGGUAUUAAGUUCAUGACAAAUAUCUUUAAAACAUUUCUUUCUUUUAAUAUUUGUAUUUAUUUGAUCCGAUGAUAAUUUCUUAA